UCCCCUGCCCCGCCCCCGCCGGCCGCCGCCUCUGCCGCGCCCCGCCGCCAUUGGACCGAAGGCCCGCCGCCCUCCUCCCGCUCCCCUCACGUCACCCCCGCCUCCAAGCUACGACGCGCGAUCCGCGCCCCAUUCCGUACUGCUGCCCCGCCACUGCCUGUUCCCCUCUCUGCCUCCCCCGCCUGCGACGGCGCCGCACGCCGGCAGUGCUCCCCGGCACCCUCUGGCCUCCGUCGGCUAGUGGUUGCCGCCUGCACCUCCGAACCCGAGCUCCGACGCCGAGAGAGACACAAGGAGGAGGAGGAGGAGGAGGAGUCGUUGGCCUGCUGCACUGCUUGCCUACUGCUCCGCUUUGGACAGGAAGGGAGAGCCCCAAUGGACAUGAAUGAAGAGCAACCUCAUGCUGAAGAUCGGUGCAUACUAUGGUCGGAUGGGAUGCAGCUGCUCAAAGACGCGGCAGAAGGAAAACAUUUCCUCCCUACCGGACUUGAAGGCAUCGAUACGCUUCUUGGAGGUGGGCUGCGCAAAGGCCAGUUGACAGAAAUAACCGGCCAGUCAUCUUCUGGUAAAACACAGGUCUGUCUAUAUUCUGCUGCACAUGUUGCAGCCAGGCAUAUGGGUCUUGUUCUCUACUUGGAUACUAGUAAUUCAUUCUCCCCUAGCCGAAUUGCUCACAUUCUUGAUGAACUACCCAUCUCUUUGAUCAAAGAGCCAAAGGAUGUGAGGCUUAAGAGGGUCAUGAGCAGUAUCAUUUGUGAGUCUGUAUUUGAUAUAUUUGCUUUGUUUGAAGUACUAGAUCGACUUGAAGUCUCAUUGAAUGGAAAGGUAACUAAUGGCAGUAACAGGAUAUGCCUGCUUAUCAUUGACUCGGUAUCAUCUCUACUUGCUCCCAUUAUCGGCGGGAAGAAUUCACAAGGGCGGUCGAUGAUGAUAUCAGUGGCGAUGAUUCUUAAGAAGUUGGCACAUAAGCACAAUCUAUCUGUUCUGGUAACGAAUCAUAUGGUCGCCGGGAAUGGAGCUCCAAAACCUGCCCUUGGUGAGAGCUGGAAAGCUGUUCCACAUAUUCGCCUCAUGAUCUCUCGUGAUCGUGGGAGCAAUAUCUGCACCGCGACGGCACUGAAGCACACGCUACUGGCUUGUGGUCGCCAUAUGAAAUUUCAGUUCCUACCUAGCUGAAUUCGCCGAGCAUGCAUGGUGUUUGAGGAGAACAUACCAGGCGUAUCUGGAGAAAUGUGUGGCUGCACACGGCGACAAUUGGGCAUGACUAUCGACAGCUUCACUGGCGUCAAGAUUCAGACUUGGCAUGUAUCACAGGCGCGUCAGACGUACUCCCUCCAUUUACAAAUAUAAGAUGUUUUGGAUAUCUUAGUAUGAACCACAUGCAGAUUGAAAUGAGUGAAUAAAAGCACUAGAAAAUGUCUAUAUAAAUUCGAUUCAGAAAAAUGUUGGAACA